UGGUAUUUAAUGUGCGUCAUUAUAAAUAUAAUUUGUUUAAGUAUAAAAAAGUAGAAGCAUUGCAGUAUACAGAUCAAGGAGGAAAUACUAACCUAAACAUUGGAACCUUAAAACACGUUUUCUGUCAUAUGUAAAACAGGGAAAGUUUGACUUGUGAAAUAAAUGGAAUUGUUCACAUGUUUAUGUGAGUGUUUAUGUAGUGUUGCUUAAAUAAGAUUUAAUGUAUAUGCACCAGGAUUAAAAUCAUACAAUCUGGUAAUUAUAACUUUGUAUAUUGGCAGUGAGCAUUUAGGAACAACAAAAAAACAAUCUACGAACAAUCAGCCAUUUGCACAAGCCAUGGUGUUAAAUAUACGGAAAGAGUGUAUCGUGAAGCAUCAAUAUGUUUUCUUGUUUCUCACUCUUGUGUCACUUGCGAUAAUAAUAUGUUCGUGGACAAACAAGAAGCAUAUUGACGAACAUAAUCGCACGUGCCCGAUUGCAGAGAUAAAUCUUCAGUGUACAACGUUAUCAAACUUCUUGCAUGAAGAGAUUAGCCAAACGUAUGCAGAGAUAAACAGCCACAAUCAUUUAUUUGUGAAGGAAUAUCUGAACAACCACGUUCCAAUAAAGAAGUUCGUAAUAGAACAAUUGACUGACAGGAAGCCUGCAGCAAAACUUGUUGGAAGAACACGUUGUUUAAGAAAUGGCAACCAGAUACAAUCUAUGGGGAAAGUGUUAUUUGGGGCAAUCAAUGACGGAAAUCAUCCAAGCCUCGGAUUCCUAAGAAACGGUGUAUUCCUCCAAAAUGGUCGGUUGAUUGUACCUCUCACGGGAACAUAUCUGAUUUACUCUUCCUUCCACCAUCGGUUACAGUGCAGCCUACCCAAAGGACAAACAAACGCAGAUGAGACACCGUUGGUCAGGCAUGUUAUUUACCGGUUCAAUAUCCGGCUAGGUCAAGACCAAGAGGUGGCGUCAACCAGUCGAGACCACAUUUACUGCAAUUGUGCAGAUUUUGUUGAUGUUCAAACUGAAAUAUCUACAUUAGUAGAGCUACGAGCCGGUGAUGAAAUUUCUGUCAAACUUAAUGACUGUUCUCUCCUUCUAUAUUCGGAUGCAAAUUUCUUUGGACUACGUUUAAUUUGACUUUUUGUAGAUUUUGAUAUAUAUAUCUGUGC